AUGGCAUCAGAGACACUCUACAAAGUGGGAGAUGGGGAGGAGACCAUGCUGAAGAAGGAAACCCUCAACGUUUUGAACACACUCAACCAAAUGUCGAAGCCCUUUCCAAACCCCAAGUCUAUGAACAGGACCGUCACUACCAAAGGACUCCCACUUUCCUCAAGGGGCAGUUUGGUUAACUCCUUGAAGGAAGAUGCCAUCAAUCUACCGAAGCAGAUGCCAACGGAGGAUUCUGAAUGCAGCUCCGAUGACGCCAGCAUCUCCCCCGUGUCAUCCACUUUGUUGAAUCCCAUCAAAUUGGCCGUGACCCAGCCCAAUAGCAGCUUCUUUGCAGGGAUGCUGGAGGGCGAGCUGAACAAACUCAGCUUCUCCUCGAUGGGCAAGAGUACAGAAAAGGGGGACCUGGCCCUCUGCCCCCAAUCUAAGUCCCAAAUAGCCCCUGGUGGCCUGCUGGACCUUGACAACCCUGAGGUGGACACAGAUACCUCCUCAACGCCCUCAGAGUCCUCCGUGGUCCUGGAUGUGCCGGAGGCGCCCUUCAUCUGUGAACAUACGGUCAGCGAUUCCACGGCUGUGAUUUCCUGGACCUACGCCCCAGGCAAGCAGCAGGUCAGUUUCUACCAGGUCCUGUUGCAGGAGGUGGUCAGGAAAAAUGAUAGUGAGAUGCCCAAGGCAAAGAAUCGCCCAUGGAUCUUCAAUAAGAUCUUGGGCACCACCGUCAAGCUGAUGGAGCUGAAGCCUAACACGAGUUACUGCCUGACUGUCCGCGCAGCCAACGUCGCUGGGGUGGGGCAGUGGUGCAAGCCCUACAAAUUUGCAACCGUGGCUACAGACUUGAACAGCUUCCCCGAGAACAAUCCCAUCCUGAUCACCGUGCGGCGCAAGGAACCCCAGCGGAAAACCAUGUCCGUCGGGUUGGAGGACAUGCGGAGGCUAGAAGAUCUGGAAUACCUCUUUCCCUACUAAGGGGGAGGGUCCCAGGAAGCCCCUCACCUACUUUCAGCUUC